AUGGGCACCGAGUUAGCGCCCGAGAAUGGGGGUGCCAUAUCGCCAACUCCGAAUGAUGGACAGAAGGAAGCUUCGAACGAUGCGCAAGGUGCGACAGUGACAUCUUCGGAUAUAACCGCUGGGUCAUCUGCGGAGCCUCCGAGCACCACGCCUUCUCCGGGCGAACCGCUUUCGGGACGCAUGAAAGGGCUAUCCAUAUCAGUCAACAACACUCCGGAUCGCACUUCGUCUGCAGGAUCAGACAUACCUCCACCACCGCCCGAGAAAGACGACGCCUACCUGAACCCAAACCCUCCCCAGUCCCCGAUGCCUCCGCUUUCGCCCACCAAAUCACCCUCCGAGUGGGCCGAAAAAGAGCUUCCCGAGGUACCUGGCAGUAGCAACAAUGAGAAAGGCAACACCAACGGAGGAAAUUCUCGCGACAACGACUCUCAGCCCGAGAUCCAGAGUAUCAUGGAGCAGUUUCAAGAUUCCUCACGCAGCGGUGGUCAAGAACAGAUCAUGUCCCCCCGAAUGGAGUUAGCGGAACAGUUCCUUGGUGGACAGAGCCACUUCCCUCCGCGCCAUUCAAGUCUCGACCAGGGAAAACCGACUGGUGAGAUUCUUCAAGAUCCCAACCUCGCGGCGGGCGCAUCAUCGACAUCCUCCGAGAAACCCCCGCCUGCAAUCCCAAGAAAUUUACCAAGGGGUACAUCUACCGACGAAGUCAUGCAAACUCGACGCUCGUCUACGUCCACGAUACCUCCUCCGCCUGAGCCGGAACCGGAUCAGCCAUUCGAUUUCCAUCGCUUCUUAGAGCAAUUACGCCAUCGCACUGCGGAUCCCGUAGCCAAGUUUCUUCGUUCGUUCCUCAACGAGUUCGGUAAACGGCAAUGGAUGGUGCAUGAGCAGGUAAAGAUCAUCAGCGAUUUCUUGGCCUUCAUCACGAACAAAAUGGCUAUGUGUGAGGUUUGGCGGGAUGUCUCUGACAGCGAAUUUGACAACGCCAAGGAAGGUAUGGAGAAACUGGUUAUGAAUCGGCUGUACUCCCAGACCUUCUCCCCGGCUAUUCCGGCACCUCCUGCAAUCCCCAGAAGCGCAAGCAGGAGCAAACGGAGGGAAAUGGAACGCCUGCAUGGGCCCUGGAGGAAGGGUCAGCAUCAAGAGGACAUUGAACGUGAUGAUGUGUUGGCGCAGAAGAUGCGGAUCUAUAGCUGGGUCCGAGAGGAACAUCUCGACAUACCGCCAGUGAGUGCGCAUGGCCGUCGGUUUUUGAACCUUGCGCAACAGGAGAUCUUAAAGAUCAAUGGAUAUCGAGCGCCUCGUGAUAAGGUCAUUUGCAUUCUGAACUGCUGCAAGGUUAUCUUUGGCCUCCUACGGAACACCAAGAAAGCCGAUACAUCCGCCGAUGCCUUUGUGCCGCUUCUGAUCUAUGUGGUACUACAGGCUAACCCUGAGCACCUGGUCUCUAAUAUCCAAUACAUCCUUCGUUUCCGCAACCAGGACAAACUUGGUGGAGAGGCUGGCUACUAUCUAUCCUCAUUGUCAGGAGCAAUCCAGUUCAUUGAGACUCUGGAUCGAACGAGCUUGACUGUCAGUGAUGAAGAAUUCGAGCGAAAUGUGGAGGCGGCAGUGUCCGCUAUCGCCGAACAAAACCGUCGCGAGUCCGAAUCUGUGGAGCGAAAAAGGCUCGAGCGCACCGAGAGCUCACAAGCUCCGCCUCGGGCCUCCACGGACGCUCAACGAGGACGGCGAGACGCUCCACUGGCUAGUGAAGAAGACACAGCGCCAGUAGCGGGCCUCCUUCGUACCAUUCAAAAGCCGCUGUCUACGAUCGGAAGAAUGUUUUCCGACGAGCCUGAUUCUCCAGAAGAACGGCCGACGCAGCGACCAGCGCCAGCGCCCGGGGCCUCACCCCGACUCACGCCCAAUGUGUACCAGCCACCACGAAACAGUGGCGAGGAACGGCGGUCAGCUGACAGGGCCCGUAAUGACACUCCACCACAACGAGUCCGUGCUGUUGAUGCACAGGACGCUGCCGCGCGCCAAGCCAGUGCGGAAGAUGCGGAAGCACGACGAAUCCAGCGUGCUGAACACAACAAUGUCGUGGAAACACUCUCAAACAUGUUCCCGAACCUCGACCGUGAUGUUAUCGAUGAUGUUGUCAAGAUGAAAGAGGGAAGGGUCGGGUUGGCGGUCGAUGCGUGCCUCGCUUUAAGCGCCGAGUGA